GACAGUCAGUAGGACACAGAGACAGGCAGACAGAUAGUAAGAGAGACAGACAGACAGACAGACACUCGCCCACUGCGGUGGGCACAGCCGUGAUGCCAGUGAGGAUGAUUGUUCUCACUGGACCUUCUGCUCUCUGUGUGUCUGUCUGUCACAUUUCAGAGAAGUCCACCAAUGAAACCAACACAGCAGACGACUGGGGGCUCAUCAUGGACAUCUGUGACAAGAUCGGAACGACACCCAAUGGAUCAAAGGACAGCUUGAGAUCCAUCAUGAAGAGAGUCAACCACAAAGUGCCUCAUGUUGCCAUGCAGGCCCUCAAUUUGCUUGGUGCUUGUGUGUCGAACUGCGGCAGAAUAUUCCACUUGGAAAUCUGCUCACGGGAGUUUGCCAGUGAAGUACGGAGCGUUGUGAGCAGAGCCCACCCUAAGGUGUGUGAGAAGCUGAAGGCUCUGAUGGUGGAGUGGGCAGAAGGCUUCCAGAAGGAUCCACAGCUCAGCCUGAUCGGCGCCACCAUCAAGUCUCUGAAGGAGGAGGGUGUCAGCUUCCCCACCGCGUCCUCACAGGGUUCCACCACAAAGGUCGUCACACCGGCUGUCGGCAAAGAGUCGGAUGAUGACAACCUGGCUAAAGCCAUCGAGCUGUCCUUGCAGGAGCAGAAGCAGCCGGUGGAGACACGCCCCCUGGCCGCGACCUCCGAACCCCCGAACUACACCAACGGCAGCGGGGGUCAGGAGGCCCGGAAGGUUCGAGCGCUGUACGACUUCGAAGCGGCCGAAGACAACGAGCUGACCUUCAAAGCUGGAGAACUUAUUCUGGUUUUGGACGACAGCGAUCCAAACUGGUGGAAAGGAGAGAACCACAGAGGAGUCGGGCUUUUCCCUUCGAACUUUGUCACCACCAACCUGAACGCUGAGCCAGAGACAGUGGCUUUUGUUGAGAAGGCACCGAGCCCCGAAGAGACGGUUCAGGAAGCCAAAGUAGAGCCUGAGCCCGUCUGCAUUGACGAGGGGAAGAUGGACAGAACUCUGGGUCUGCUGCAGAACGCCGAUCCUGCAGAUCCGGCUCCAGACUCUGCUGAGCUGAUCCAGCUGGAGGGUGCGUGUGAGCAGAUGAACCCGAUGAUUGAUGAGAGGCUACAGGAGAUAGACAGGAAACACUCCGAGCUGUCGGAGCUGAAUGUGAAGGUCCUGGAGGCGCUGGAGCUUUACAACAAGCUGGUGAACGAGGCUCCGUUCUACUCGGCCUACUCCAAGAUGCAGGCGCAGUACAAUCCAGCCGGCUCGGCCGUAGCCAUGCAGGUCAGAACCUACAGAGAGCUGAACACGCUGUUCAUGUAGCUCUGCAUCAUAAAACAUGGAGGCUCCACAUGAGUAUUAAACUGUUCACAUGUUCCAGCCUCUCCUCUCCUCUCCUCCUCUGCUCUCCUCUGCUCUCCUCUGCUCUCCUCUCU